AUGGAACAGUGGAUUCAAUGGAAGAUUCAACGGCGGAUUCGAUGGAAGAUUUCAACAGUGUAUUCGAUGGAAGAUUCAACGGUGGAUUUGAUGGAAGAUUCAAUGAUGGAUUCGAUGGAAGAUUCAACGAUGAAUUCGAUGGAAGAUUUCAACGGUGGAUUUGAUGGAAGAUUUCAACAGUGUAUUCGAUGGAAGAUUUCAACGGCGGAUUUGAUGGAAGAUUCAACGGUGGAUUCGAUGGAAGAUUUCAACGGUGGAUUCGAUGGAAGAUUUCAACAGUGUAUUCGAUGGAAGAUUUCAACGGCGGAUUCGAUGGAAGAUUCAACAGUGUAUUCGAUGGAAGAUUCAACGGUGGAUUCGAUGGAAGAUUCAACGGUGGAUUCGAUGGAAGAUUUCAACGGUGGAUUUGAUGGAAGAUUCAACAGCAGAUCUGGAUGUGAAUGA